AUGCCACCAAAGAUGACGGGCCUCCGCCGCCGCCAAAAGGCCGCCAACAGCAUGCAGUCAAAGGUGGAUUGGGACAGAUAUGAAGCAUCAGGCAUUCAACAUGGUGGCACAAGUAGCGAAGCAGAAGCGACAGACUCGGACAGCGUGUCGAGCUUUUCGAGCGGCAUGGACACAGAAACGGACAUUCUCGACUGGAGCAAGCCAGAUCCCGGUUUGAGGUACACGCUCAUCGAGGACGAAAACGGCGACUUCCUCUGUCCAGAGGACACGACCCAGAAGCCAAUGCGGCAGGCAAAGAAAUCACUUCCUCGCAAAUCCAACAAGGAGCUCGGGAAGAAGAGCGGCUUGCUCGACAGCAAAGCGAUGCAAGCCGCGGUCCGUGCCAAAAACAAGAACAAGAAUCAACAACGCAGUAUUACGAAACAGCAUCCCAACACGAAGCAACAUCCCAAAGGUAUCGAGAAACAAGCCAAGGGCAUAAAGCUGCAACACGGAUUGGAGAAGAGCAAGCCAAAAUCUCUGAUGGUUACGUUGAAAAUACGUGGGACGAAGACCAAUCAAUCGAGGCGCCAGAUCGGAGGAGAGAACAUCCAGAAGAACACUGAGCGAUUCGACGGUGGAGACAGUGCGGUUGGACUGGAUGAGGGUGGUGAGGUCACUAUUCCCGCGAUCGAGUAUCCUAUCGAUGGAUGGUUCUUUGGCUAA